AACAAUAACUUACCAGAUUUAUUUUACACUAAUUGAAUCAAAGGCACUAACAAGUUCUGCAGAUUCUCAAAAGAAGGUGGUUUUCAGAACCAACGUGGUCUAGUAGUUACAACAAGUGACUGGGAUUGAGUAUUCCUGGAUUCUAUAAGUGGCCUUGGACAAAUCACUUAACUUCUCUGCCUCCGUUCUGCUAUGGUCCAUGUUACAGAAGCUCACCUUGUCUUGGGUGCGUAGAGACAUAGCGAACAGAUGAAUCUAUUCAGCCAAACACUGCUCCUGUAAUUAGCUAUCACCAUGGAGCACCGCAGCAGGGACGAGAUGGACUCAAAAGAGGAAAGUCCACAGGUGUGGUCUGAAUCUACUGAGCAGGAACAGAAUACUGCUCAGGUGCACUUUGUCCCUGAAGGUGGAACAGUGGCACAAAUUGUGUACAGUGAUGAUCAGGACCGUCCCCCGCAGCAGGUGGUCUACACAGCAGAUGGCACCUCUUACACCUCAGUGGACACCUCGGAGCACACGUUGGUUUACAUCCAUCCUGUGGAGGCUACGCAGACUCUGUUUACAGACCCAUCCCAAGUGGCUUAUGUCCAGCAGGAUGCCACAACACAGCAGGUAACUGUGCUCUUGCCUGCUGCUGCUCAGAGCAUGAAUUCCACCAACCUCUCCGUGCUCGGCAACGUUGCCGAAUCCCCGCAGCAAAUGGCUCUGGAGCAGGGUCCACAAGCAGACAGAGCAUCAUUACCAGUGCAUAACCAGGUAUUACCUCCUAUGGAGGCUGUGGAUAGUUCUGAUCCUUUAGCACCUCUCCAGAAUCCAAUGGGGAGGAUGGAAACGAAAGAGGAAGAGGAAGACGAUGAUGAGGAUGAUGAAGAUGAAGACGAAGAAGGGGAAGACACCGACUUGGAUGAAUGGGACCCAGAUCCACCUCGACCCUUUGACCCCCAUGAUCUGUGGUGUGAAGAAUGUAAUAACUCACAUCCCUCGGUGUGUCCGAAACAUGGACCCUUGCACCCCAUCCCAAACCGGCCAGUGCUGACCAGAGCAAGAGCCAGCCUCCCCCUGGUGCUCUAUAUAGACAGGUUCCUGGGGGGAGUGUUCUCCAAAAGACGCAUUCCCAAACGCACACAGUUUGGCCCCGUGGAGGGACCUCUGGUCAGACAAACUGAACUGAAAGACUGCUACAUCCAUUUAAAGGUGUCUCUUGAGAAGGGUGACAGAAAAGACAGGGAUUUACAAGAGGAUCUGUGGUUUGAGCUGUCCAGUGAGGCGCUUUGUAACUGGAUGAUGUUUGUGCGUCCAGCCCAGAACCACCUGGAGCAGAACCUGGUGGCAUACCAGUAUGGCCACCAUAUAUAUUAUACAACAAUUAAGAAUGUGGAGCCCAAACAGGAACUGAAGGUGUGGUAUGCAGCCUCCUAUGCAGAGUUUGUGAACCAGAAGAUCCAUGACAUAUCCGAGGAGGAAAGGAAAGUUCUCCGAGACCAAGAGAAGAACUGGCCAUGUUAUGAAUGCAAUCGUCGCUUCAUGAGCUCAGAACAGCUCCAACAGCACCUCAACUCCCAUGAUGAGAAGCUGGACUUCUUUAGCAGAGCAAGAGGCAGAGGUCGCGGGCGAGGAAAGAGGAGGUUUGGGCCAGGCAGACGGCCAGGGCGCCCUCCGAAAUUCAUGCGCUUGGAAGUAACCAGUGAAAAUGGGGAAAAGUGUGAAGAAGGAACACAGGACUUGCUGAAUUUUUCCAGCAAGGGGCAGUUUGAUGAAGCUGGACAGGCUACACUGAAUGGUCUGGAACAGCAGGAGCAGACCCCAGUGCCACCAGAUACGCAAUCGGCACUGGGUCAACAGCCAGAAGGCCAUCCACUGCAACUCCAGCAGCAGCAUGAUGAGAGCCCAGUGCCUACGCAGAGCACCAUGACAGCAGAUGAUAUGCGGCGAGCAAAACGCAUUCGGAAUGCAGCUCUUCAGCAUCUAUUCAUCCGAAAGUCCUUCCGUCCCUUCAAAUGCCUGCAGUGUGGGAAGGCGUUCCGGGAGAAGGACAAGCUGGAUCAGCACCUGCGAUUCCAUGGGCGGGAGGGGAACUGCCCUCUGACCUGUGACAUUUGCAAUAAGGGUUUUAUCAACAGCAGCGCUCUGGAGAGUCACAUGAAGUUUCACUUGGACCAGAAAACAUAUUCCUGUAUUUUCUGUCCUGAGUCUUUUGACCGCUUGGACCUGCUUAAAGAUCACGUGGCAAUCCAUGUCAAUGAUGGCUAUUUCACCUGCCCUACCUGUAAAAAGCGCUUUCCCGAUUUUAUCCAGGUGAAGAAGCAUGUGCGCAGCUUCCAUUCGGAGAAGAUUUACCAGUGUACGGAAUGCGACAAGGCUUUCUGCCGUCCCGACAAGCUGCGGCUCCACAUGCUACGACACUCGGACCGCAAGGACUUCCUGUGCUCCACCUGUGGCAAGCAGUUCAAGAGGAAAGACAAGCUCCGAGAGCACAUGCAAAGGAUGCAUAAUCCAGAAAGGGAAGCUAAGAAAGCUGAUCGAAUCAGCCGCUCCAAAACCUUCAAGCCUCGGAUAGCUUCCACCGACUAUGAGAGCUUCAUGUUCAAGUGCCGACUGUGCAUGAUGGGCUUCCGGAGGAGAGGCAUGUUGGUGAAUCAUUUAUCAAAGAGACAUCCAGACAUGAAAAUAGAGGAGGUGCCGGAGCUAACAUUGCCCAUCAUCAAACCCAACAGAGAUUACUUCUGUCAGUACUGUGAUAAGGUGUACAAGAGUGCCAGCAAACGCAAAGCCCAUAUUCUGAAGAACCAUCCCGGUGCUGAGCUACCUCCGAGUAUCCGGAAACUGCGCCCAGCAGGACCGGGAGAGCCAGACCCCAUGCUGAGUACUCACACCCAGCUCACGGGCACUAUAGCCACUCCACCAGUCUGUUGUCCUCACUGUUCCAAACAGUACAGCAGUAAGACCAAGAUGGUACAACACAUUCGCAAGAAGCACCCUGAGUUUGCUCAGCUCCCUAACACGAUACACACGCCCUUGGCAGCAGCCGUCAUCAGUUCCACCCCUGCCGUUUUAACCACUGACAGCACUACUGGAGAGACCGUUGUGACAACAGAUCUGCUGACGCAAGCAAUGACAGAACUGUCCCAGACCCUGACGACAGACUAUCGAACCCCACAGGGAGAUUAUCAGCGAAUCCAGUACAUCCCUGUGUCACAAUCCACAGCUGGCCUGCAGCAGCCUCAGCACAUACAGCUGCAGGUUGUGCAAGUGGCCCAGGCUACCUCACCUCACCAGUCCCAGCAUUCCACGGUGGACGUUGGACAGCUGCAUGACCCCCAGACAUACACCCAGCAUGCCAUCCAGGUGCAGCAUAUCCAGGUCACAGAGCCAGCCCCAACAACGCAGUCAUCAUCACAGGUAUCCCACGCUCUCUAUGCAAAGAGCAUUCUCCGUGCCAGGAUGCUCAGGCUGGAGUUUUAUACAGCCCUAUGCAGCUGAUGCUCUGUCUGUAGGACUCCCCUUGAAAUCCUUAAGAGUACUGCACAUGGAGCCGUUGCAGCAUUAGGACCUUGAUAUUAUUUAAUAGUUCCCAGAUAUUCCCAUUUAUCGCAGCAUAUGCAAGAUAGGGGUGUAAAGACACUUGGGUGGACAUAUUUAUGAGUCCAUAUGGUUAAAGAGAUGAAAGAAGUUCACAGAUCUGCGAAUACUGGCCAUCCUCAGAGGGAGCUCAUGGGAAGAUGUGCAUUUUAGAGAGACGUUAUGGACUCAGCAUGAGACUAGCAAAUCCUGAGUUCUAAUCCUGGUUUGCCAUUAACCAGCUCUCUGUGCCUCAGUUUUCCCAUCCGUAUAAUAGGGCUAAUGAUACUUAGAGUGCAUAUUUGAAAAUAUAAAGUGCCCACAUACAAUGGUGGUGGGUAUUUUAGAAAUGCAGAGAUAGCUUAUGAGAGAUAUGGAUAAUUAUUUAUUAAUGUAUUUAGAUUGUUUAAAUGGGCAGUUUCUUUUUAAAAAUGCAAAUCUCUUCAUGUAUGUACAACAUUAACAUAGUAUUUAAACAAAAGCAUGUACACGCUGGCUUGGUGCCAAUAAAGGAUUCUCAGGAGUCUCCCAGUCAUCUGUCCUAAAACCUCAUUUGACUUCAUCCCUCCCUCAGAAAAGCUUGAGGUAAAAUAUAGGUCUUGCAGUCAUCAAAUCAGGCUGUGGCAGACACUGGAGUGAGGUAAACUCCAAGGCCCUUCACUGAAAAUGCUCUGCCAGCAGCCCUCUCUUAUGUAAGCCAGGGGAUCAUGCAGAGAGGCAGCCUUGAAGGUAGGUACAGCCCCACAUUACUCUCUGGCUACUUGUUUUAAAGCAGUGAUGACUAAUGGCAGAGGUAUUCCCAGGCAGUUAAUUCCCAGGCUCUGAGACCAAUAAUGAAUUAUUUCUGUUACACACUGAAACUAUCUGAAGAAGAAUUAAAGCCCUUUUCCUGAGCAUCAGAAAGUUCAAAAUUCAACUCUGUUGCCCCAGAGAGUGUUCAG